UUUUGAAGAGUACCAACCAGGUGUUUGUAAGAUAUCCCUGAAUGUAGGUUUGUGUGAUGCUUUCUCAUGAUUCCACCGGGGUGAUGGAUUAGGGGGAAGAAUACCACAGAAGCGAAGGAUCUUUCCCAUCAUGUCACACCAGGGGGCACGUGACAUCAACACGAUUUAACCUUCAUCAGUUGGAUUUGUACUGCACUUUGAGUGCUCCUCCUGACAUGGAGAGGAUUGAGGAACAAUUCGCUAACCUGAACAUUGUUAAACGUUCCUCGGGGACUACAGAGCCUACUUACCUGCUGGGCAUAGAUGCAUCAAAAACCGUACAAGCAGAAAAAGAAAGCUUGAUCGCUGUUUUAUGUUCUAACGGAUCAAUCAGAAUCUAUGAUAAAGAGAGGUUAUACAUACUACGAGAAUUUCGUGGCUAUCCUGGACUUCUCAAUGGAGUCAAAUUUGCAAAUUCUUGUGACAAUAUAUAUUCAUCAUGUACUGACGGCACUGUAAAAUGUUGGGACGCUCGAUUAGCCAGUGAAAAACCUGUCCAGCUGUUCAAGGGUUACCCUUCCAAUAUUUUCAUUAGUUUUGAUAUCAGCUGUAAUGAUCACGUCAUUUGUGCUGGUACAGAAAAAGUUGAUGAUGAUGCAUUGCUGGUAUUUUGGGAUGCAAGAAUUAAUUCUCAGGAUUUGUCUACUUCUAAAGACCCACUUGGAGCAUAUUCAGAGACACACAGUGAUGACGUCACUCAAGUACGCUUCCAUCCCAGCAAUCCCAACAUGGUGGUCUCCGGUUCAACUGAUGGCCUGGUGAAUGUAUUUGAUAUUAGUAUUGAUAAUGAAGAAGAUGCACUGGUUACGACCUGUAACUCUGUUUCUUCCGUAAGCUGUAUUGGUUGGUCUGGGAAGGACUAUAAACAGAUUUAUUGCAUGACACACGAUGAAGGAUUUUGUUGGUGGGAUCUUAAUCAUCUGGAUACUGAUGAACCAAUUACACGUUUGAACAUCCAGGAUGUCAGAGAAGUAAUUAAUGUGAAAGGAGGCAUUUUGGACUAUUUGGUUGGUGGCCUGUAUCACGAAAAAAUGGACAAAUUGUUUGUUGUUGGGGGAACAAACACAGGAAUUAUUCACUUACUGAGCUGUACUACAGCAGGAUUGAUUCAUGUGACCAGCCUUCACGGAGGGCAUGCUGCUACAGUCCGUUCUUUCUGUUGGAAUAUGCAAGAUGAUUCUUUGCUAACCGGAGGGGAAGAUGCACAGUUGUUACUUUGGAAACCUGGAGCAUUAGACAAGACAUUUACAAAGAAAGACAGCAUGAAAAUAGCAUCCUCUGUGUACCAGCGAGUUCGAGUUCACAGUAAUGAUUCUUACAAGAAAAGGAAGAAGCAGUGAUGUGAUGUUGGGAGCUUCCUUGAAAGGUUUUAUAGUCGCAAGUAAUUAUCUUUGUGUUCUACCUGUGACAGAUCUGUUUAAAGCUCAUAUGUAAAAACAAGCCAGUUAGCAAACAAUCCUGGAAAAACGCUGAAAAUGGUUUAAUUCAGGUCUUCAUGUAUUCUAAAAUUAUUUUUUUUAAAGCUGCCAGUUGAGUAUAUAAUCAGUGAGUUGAAAGUAAAAUUACAUUCCUCAUUUUUAAAACCCAUCUGUUGAGUUAGUAAAUGUUGGGUUUUAAGAAAUAGCUUUGAUAAGGACUUUUUAGAAGUAGAUGGCUGAUAUGACUUUAAAAAAUCAGGUGGUUUGAGCUAUAUUUUGUAAGCUCAGUUUUUUACAUUUUAAAUCAUCUUCAUUAUUUAUAAAACCAAAUCAGACUGUUUUCUGUCAGAGCUCCUACUUGCUUAAUACACAUAGAUUAUGUUGGAGUAUUUAAAUGUAAAUAUUCUAAUGAUUCUAAAUAGUACUGAGCUUUUUUAGAAACAAAGUGAUUUGCGUCUAUUUAAAAAUAUAUAUUUAGUAAAUAUUUGCAUCUAUAUUUUAAAAUGGUUAAAUAGUAAGCAGGUAUUUCAUUGAGGAAAAAGAAAUUAUCUUGCAAAAUUCAUUUUGAGUCCGUGGAAAUACAACAAUGAAAGUAUAAUAGCAGAAUGACUUUUUUAUUUCAAAGUAGUCUAGUAUUUUGUGAUAAAAUUUUCUUUCAUAGUGCUUUAUCCAUAUUUUUAAACAUAAGAGCCCAUGGGGAGUGGGGGCCAUGCAAGAGGUGGCCGCCAGAGCUUAAAGGGGGACACCACCAUAAUCUAAUUUAAACGUGAAUUUUUGUUUACUGCUAAUUUUUUCAUCCUUCUACGUACUUUUCCAAGGUAUCCUAAUAAAAAGUUGGUCACUCUAAA